GUUUUCAUUUGGACUCUCCAAUUAGAUAUCAAAGCACAGGACAAAUCCUCUUAUAAGAGCAACACUCAUUUCAUAAAUCACCACCACUCAUUGUUUUUCUCAGAACCUGAAAAGAAACUCCUGAGCCAUGAGUGUUUUUCUUGUUAGUUUCCUCUUACUCAUCCCAAUUCUCCUUCUGCUUAGAACAAGAAGCAAAUCAUCAGAAAGGGUCCCUCCAGGUUCACUUGGAAUACCAAUUAUUGGUCAAAGCCUUGGCCUUCUUCGCGCUAUGCGAGCCAACACUGCGGAAAACUGGGUUGAAGAGAGAAUCAAGAAGUAUGGUCCUGUUUCAAAGCUAAGCCUCUUUGGGAAACCAACAGUUUUGAUCUAUGGACAAGCUGCUAACAAGUUCAUGUUCUCAAGUGGUGGUGACACCAUUGUUAACCAGCAAACACAGUCCAUCAAAAUGAUCUUGGGUGAUAGGAGCUUGCUGGAACUGAGUGGGGUAGACCACAGCAGAGUCAGAGGUGCACUUGUUUCAUUCUUGAAGCCAGAUUCCUUGAAGAGAUAUGUAGAGAAAAUGGAUGUAGAAGUUAGGAGGCACCUUGAGAUUUAUUGGCAAGGGAAACAGCAGGUCAAGGUAUUACCCCUAAUGAAGAAGCUUACAUUCAACAUAAUUUGCUCUCUUCUGUUUGGUAUUGAGCGUGGAAAACAAAGAGAUCAAUUCCUAACCUCAUUCAAAGCAUUGAAUGAAGGAAUGUGGUCAGUCCCAGUUAACGUUCCUUUCACUCGCUACAACAGCAGCCUCAGAGAAAGUGCAAGGAUCCAGAACAUGUUGAAGGAUAUUGUGCACAUGAAGAAGAUUGAACAGGAGAAAAAUGGAGCCUCUGCCCACCAAGACUUAAUCAGCUGCUUGCUUGGCAUGUAUGACGAAGAUGGAAAACAAGUUAUAACUGAGAAGGAAAUCAUUCAAAAUUGUAUGCUUGUCAUGGUGGCUGGACAUGACACUUCAUCUAUUCUAAUCACUUUCAUUGUCAGACUCUUAGCUAAUGAACCAGAUAUUUGUGCAGCAGUUCUUCAAGAACAGGAAGAAAUAGCAAAAGGCAAGCCCUCAGGAGGAGAACCACUCACAUGGGAAGACCUUUCAAAGAUGAAGUACACCUGGAGAGUAGCACAAGAAACUCUUAGGAUGGUUCCUCCAGUAUUUGGUGGCUUCAGAAAAGCUGCAACAGAUAUUGAAUAUGGUGGUUACUUUAUACCCAAAGGGUGGCAGAUUUUCUGGGUUACAGCAUUGACCCACAUGGACAACAGCAUUUUCCCAGAACCAUCAAAGUUUGAUCCAAGUAGAUUUGAAAACCAAGCAUCCAUCCCACCCUACAACUUCAUACCAUUUGGUGGGGGAGCAAGAAUAUGUCCAGGGUAUGAGCUUUCCAGGAUUGAAACUCUCGUGACAAUUCAUUACCUCGUGACCCGGUUCAGUUGGAAACUAUCCUCAGAUAAUUUCUUCAAAAGGGAUCCAAUGCCAGUACCCACUCAAGGAUUGCCAAUUGAAAUUUGGCCCAGGAAAAAUUCUUAGAUGCCAUUUAAUGAUGGAAAAUGUUGGUAAACCACCAAGGUGUUGAGACCAGAGAGUGAAAGAAAGAGAAUAGAUGAGUAAUGAAUGUGAUAUGUGAUGUGAUUUAAUAAGAAGUGAGAGAUACAUAGAAAAAUAAGGCGUUUUAUGAGUGUUUGUACUGCUGAUGGUUUAUGUAUCAUAAUUGUUUCAUGAACUGCUGGUCUUCUAACAGAUGUGCCAAAAUUAAGUCUA